AUGAAGAAGAAGGCGGCGGGCAGCGGCGGCGGCGGCGGGAGGGCGUGCGACGCCUGCCAGUCGGCUGCGGCGGCGGUGUACUGCAGGGCGGACUCGGCGUACCUCUGCGGGGGAUGCGACGCCCGCGUGCACGCUGCCAACUGGGUGGCCUCCCGCCAUGACCGUGUCUCGCUGUGCGACGCCGCUGCUCUCACCUGCAAGGAGGAAAAGGAGGACGACGACGACGACGACGAGGUCGACGACGGCGAGGAAGAUGAAGUCUCCUCCUGGCUGCUGCUCAACUCCGGCAAGAACAGCGGCCAGGGGCUGCUCUUCGCCAGCGAGGACAACGACUACUUGGAUUUUGCUGGGUAUGGCUCCAGCGGAGACACGCAGCAGACCCAGGGGGGCGAUGGGAAGAAGCUUGAUGGGAGAGAGGAACAGGUCCUGCUUCAGCAACAGCAGCUGAGCUUCCCCCUGGAGAUGGCGGCAGCGUACGAGGCCUCCAACGGCUUCUACGGCUACACCGCGUUCUUCGGCCACGUAGAUCAGCCGGCCAUGGAGGCGAGGACCGUGCCCGACGUCGCCGCUGGCGGCGCCGCCCAUUUCAGACAGCCCAAAGGAACGAUCGACCUGUUCGCCGGCGCCACCGCUCCGCCGGCGGCCACUUCACUCAGCGCUGGGGACAGGGAGGCCCGGGUCCUCCGGUACAGGGAGAAGAGGAAGACGAGGAGGUUCGAGAAGACGAUAAGGUACGCCUCGAGGAAGGCGUACGCGGAGACUCGACCUCGAGUCAAGGGCCGCUUCGCCAAGAGAUCUGACGCGGAGCUCGAGGUCGACCAGCUCUUCUCCACCGCCGUCAUGGCGGAGACGGGCUACGGCGUCGUCCCCUCCUUCUAG